AUGGAGCAGUUACAACCUUCUUCCAUACCACACCUGGUUCAAGUGUACCAGCCAUCUGUUACCAACAGCAAGAUGUCAAAUCCUCAGAUUAUACACAUAACUCACCCGACAUUACCCACUUCACAGGGAAAGGUUACCUACCAGCAAACAAUCACAUCAGAAUCUAUUCACAUACCAGUGACAUCUCAACAUGUCACCGAGAUACAGAGUCAGAUUCAAAUGUCACAGAAUCAAAUAGUAAUGUCUUGUCAACAAGGGCUGCAGAGUCUACCAUCAUUGCCGGGACAGUCCCAAGUACUUCAGGGACAGUCCCAAGUUCUACAGACCUCAGAUAUGUCGCAGUCUCUUCAGAUUGCAUCCCACAUGAUAGUACCACAGCAUAUGUUAGCUGGAGUACAUUCCUAUUACCGCCAGUAUGAGUAUCCUAAGGAGUGUUUACUUGCUAAACUCGAGCCAGAUAUGCAGAUAGCUGAUAAAGAUGUUGAAUGUGAACCAAACCAAAUGGUACCUGAAGCACCCAAGAAGAGGUCUCGAAGUCAAAUACCUGAUCCGAACUCCUGGGCAUGCAACAUAAGAAAGACAAAACACCAACGUGGAGAGGCCUAUAUCAACAGGCGAGGUAAAUUUGUGCCUGAGAGGCAUAUACGAAACACAAAAGACUGUGUUAAAAACUGCAAAUUCAAAUGUAAUGAGAAAGUCUCAGACUCGGACAGGGAACACAUCUUCAAAGCAUUCUACACUCUCAAUGCUAAUGAAAAGAAGUAUUUCCUGCUACAUACAACUGAGAGGACAUGCAUUAAAAAUAAUAAAGUCAUCACCAACAACAAAAGGAAGUAUACAUUUAAAUAUUUCUUUAAUGUUAAAUCUGAGAGGCAUACAGUCUGUAAGAACUUUUAUCUAGGUACUCUAUCUAUAUCUCAGAAGCCAGUUUAUAAUGUGCAUAUGGGGAAAACGGAUUUAAAUAUACCGAAACCAGAUGGUAGGGGACACUCCAAGGCCAGCUCUCAUUCACUACCGUCAGAAAUAAAGGACAGAGUCAGGAAACACAUACAAUCGUUUACUACAGUUGAGUCUAAGCCAGUGAUACAAUUUUCUAAGAAGAAGCAGUUCCUUGAUCCUAGUUUGAGUAUUAAACAUAUGUAUAAUAUGUACUUUACUGAUUGUAACAAGGAGAACAUUGUGCCUGUUAAGGAGUCUAUGUACAGAAAAAUAUUUAGACAGGAAUAUAACUUACAUUUUAGGAAAGUUAAGACUGAACAGGCUUUGUGUGGCCGAUGUAAAAGCACUAUUAAGAAAAAGUGAAGGAACUGCAAUGUAGCUCUGAAAGGAAUUGAAUGAUGCAAAUCUGUGAUAUACUCACGCACGAAGGCUGCUGACCCAGGAAGCUCACGCAGUCAAUCGGAGUGAUAUGAUCUGAAACCAACUAGCCUACUGGUAAGAGUGCAUUUGGCAGCUGUAUAAUAUUGAGAAAUUGCAUACAAAAGCGAAACAUCGAAAACUGGUUUGAACUGGGUCUUGAAUAGACAGAAACUCCUUUUUACCUUUCGUUCUUUCGUCAAG